UGCAUCGUCCUGCCCUGCCGGGGCUCAUCGACGUGUCCGCUAGCAAACCCGCGCGUGGGUGGCUGUGCUUGGAUAGAGUGGAAGUGGAAUUGACUUGGUGGGAGAGGAGACAGUGUGGAAUCUGGUGAGAGAUUGCGGGAACACAUUGGAUGAGUGUGUUUCAACAUGUGAGCGCUCUCUGGCCACUUCUGGAGUGCUGGCUGCGUGCGUGUGUGCGAGUGGAAGGGCGGUCAAAAGGAUCAGGCUUGCUGGGAUAAUUGAUGACACCAUCCCCGCACAGCGCAUGUUAUGCAGUUUGGAAAUGAUGGCCACCUUGCGCGGAUGUUUACCCUGUUGUGGCAGUAUGAUGGAAACGCAAGACCAAAUGGGUCAGGGCAAAAAGGUCUCCGACGUACCAUCAAUUUCAGCAGGUGGAGACUCGAUAACUGGAGGAACAGGUGGCUUUGGAAAGACUAUGUCUAAUUCAAUUCCAGACGGAUCCAUGCCAGACACGUCCAGUUUGGGGAGCAAUCUGACGAGGUUUACUGAGGAGGACAUAAGGAAAGCCACCAGAAACUUGUCUGUCAAAAUAGGUGAGGGUGGUUUCGGGAUAGUCUACAAGGGCAUGAUAAAGGCUUCACCAACGACGCGGACGUAUGUUGCUGUGAAGAAAUUGUCGAACAGGUCGCGGCAAGGCAUUCCAGAGCUUAUUAAGGAACUAGAGGUCCUUCCUCGCCUUCAUCACAAGCACCUGGUGCGUCUCAUAGGAUACUGUAACGAGGAAUCCUGUCAAGCGCUUGUGUAUGAGUACAUAAAUAACGGCAACCUACAUGAUCACUUACAUGGUAAAAGGUCUCCAUUGCCAUGGAUACAAAGGCUGUCAAUUGCAAUGGACGUUGCCCACGCUAUUGACUAUCUCCAUGUGCAUGUAGUACCGUCGGUAAUUCAUCGUGAUAUAAAGGCGGGAAACAUUUUACUUGAUGAUAGGUUCCAUGCCAAGCUGUCUGACUUUGGCCUCUCAAAACUCCUUUCCGAGGAUGAGCAAUUUACUCACGUUACCACAGAUGUCCGGGGAACUGCUGGCUAUCUGGACCCUGAGUACUAUCAGAGUCAUCGGCUGACGGAUAAAAGCGAUAUCCAUAGUUUUGGAGUUGUCCUUCUGGAACUAAUAAGUGGACGGAAGCCGGUGGAGUUCACAGGAAAAUCUCACUUCAAUCUUGUCAAAUGGGCAAGGAGUGAGUUGUCGAAGGGCAACAUGCAAGAGGUCUUGGACAGCCGGAUUCCGGACGGAUCUUACAACUUGAAUGCUGUAUGGAAGCUUGCAGACAUUGCAAUGAUGUGUUGUGAGCCCAUCUCGGCAAACCGCCCGAGAAUUGGUCAGGUAGUAAGAAGCAUUCAGGCGGCAAAGGAUGAGCAAAUGAGGACUCCCAUCGUUCAAGAAGUUCCUGAUGAUCCUUCAUCAGAUGAUGACGAUCAUGGUGGUCUCACUGUUCAAUGGGACAAUAUCGAUGACGAGCCACAAGCGCGGUAGCCACAUUCCUCCAGAAAUCGGUGCGUGUCAGAGAAAUGGCUAUCAUGAGAUAUGAAUUGCUGUCAUGUCCGGAAUGGAAGAGGCUGCGAUGUCAGGGAUGGUGGAAGCUGGCAUCCUGUGAGCUGCAUCAUCUCGCAUUGUCCGGAUUGUAAUUCUCAGGGAGGUGAGUAGAGAGGACCUCAAGUUCCUCGACUGUGUACGCAAGGAGUGGAUGAAGAGUAAAUGAAGGCAAAUUGAGAACUGAAUGAUUCUGCUUCAGAGGUGGAAUGUAUGUGUCAUGUUUGUUGAGGUGGCCCAUCAUUGAUCGAGCUGUUGACCAUGGGAUAGAGGAGAGAAGAGAGGGGAAGAAGGGAGGAAAGAUGACAAGUAUAGGUUUUGUGUUUGCUAUGUGUUCGGGCCUCUUUCCAGAUGGUUGGAGGAGGGAGAGGAACGGAAAAUAGGAGGGAGGGAAAGGAGGAAGAGGAAGAAAUAUGCACUCUGUCACCCUGUGUCUUUGAUAUGGUCCACAGCUUGUGACUACGUAGCAGGCUGGAAGGGUGAGGCAGGGUCAAAAGGGCAGAGAACACUUGGCAUAGACUACAUCUUCUAUUCCCAGGAGAGCAGAGGAAAAACAAGGGAGGAAAGGUUGUCCUUGAGGUUGGUGGAGGUGCAACUGAGCAUCAUGAAGACAGACUUUGGGUGCUAAGAUCCACAGUCAAAAGGGAAUCAGCCCAGAUCGUAUGGGGACAGAGAAGGAACGAGGUAGACGGGAGUAGAAAAGAGGAACGGAAGCGUGAGAUCCAUUCUGGACUAUUUUGUUUGGCUUAGGGGAUGAUCGGAGAGGGAGGGAGGAUAGUAUGCUAGCACAUUUCUAGUAUGUGCAUGCUUUUAUCCGCCUUUCUGACUGUGCUGAACCAGCUCUGGUGUCUUGGAUCGGAGUCAGCAAAAGUAACUGAGGGCAUAGUCUCACUGGGACUUUCCUGAAUGCAUCGGGUAUGGUCGGAUUCGGGGUGUACUCUCACUAGGACUUUUUUCUACUAAGCUCUAGACGCGAUUGCAGUUACGUUCAUCCAGGUCUGGGCUUAGUUGCAGUCAGACACUUAAGAAAAUUCGUAGUGUGAGUAUGCCCUCAGUCAAGAAAGUCCUUGUGUGACUAUGUCCGGACUCAGUCAAGGAAAGUAUUGGGUCCUGCAACCGUCCCCAAAAUAGAACGUAUGGCAGGGUUGCAUAGCUGCCGACCGCCGACCCCGACCGCCGACCGUUUUGCAGCCGACCAGUAGGCCCGACCGGUCGGCGGUCUGCCGACCAGUCAGAAAACAGCCAUCCACUAAUUUGUUUUCAGAUCCGAGUUGGAAGCUGUACUGUGCUUGCUGACAACACUGACGUAUGGUCAUUAUCACUGUAUCUAGUCUGGAAGUUGCCCCUAAUACAGCGAUAAUGACUGUACGUUCUACUUGGGGGAAGGCGGUAGUAGACCUAAGACCCAAUACUCUACUGCUUGUUGGCUGGCUCCUUUCAUCACAUUCUGGCUGGCGGCUGCCACAUCCUGUCCCUCCUUUGGAGUUUCAGCCACCUGAAAUGAAAAUUGGGCGUUUUU